AUGCCUCCUACAAAUACCAAUAAACAACGUGGAAAAUAUACCACCAGAGCAUGUGAAGAGUGUCGCCGGCGUCGAGCCAAGUGCGAUGGAAGAAGACCAUCUUGCUCCAGGUGUCUCCAGGGGGACAUUUCAUGUCAAUAUUCAGAUGUGGAGGAUGGUAGAAGGCCAGCGUCGAAGACGUAUGUGUUUUCGCUACGGCAGAGAAUUGAGUCGUUGGAGCGGCUUUUGGAGAGGCAUGGGAUUGACCCGCGUGAACGUGAGCAGCCGAGUUCCAAACAGACUUUGGACGCUGGGGCAAAUGUGAAGAAGGCAGAUGAGAAUUCUGUAAUAGCUGAGCUUGCUGAGGGUAUCAAGGGCAAGCUUGCGCUCGACGAGUCGCUCGAUUUUGACAAAGAUGGCGAAUUGCGGUAUUUCGGACCCAUGAGUGGAAGACUCGAAUUCCAAGGUUCUUCUGAUGCUCUGAACGCCUCUGAACAUGGUAGGAUUUCUGCAAUAACGUGUCUUGAUCCUAUCAUUACGGACCUGGAUGAUGUUGGAUUCUCCAGGCCUAUACAAGAACACCUGAUCAGUUUAUAUUUCAAAUGGGAGCAGCCGUGGUUUGCAGUCGUUGAUGAGGAGCUUUUUCGUCAGAGUAUGUAUCGUUGUGGACGGUAUUGGAGUUCACUGCUGCAUGUUGCAAUUCUUGCUGUUGGCUCGCGCUACUCCGACCGCAUAGACGUCCGUUCAGAUCCAGAUAAUCCCAACACAGCAGGAAAGUUCUUCCUUGAACAGGCAAAGUGCCGCCUCCAUAGUGAGAUGGAGAGACCUAGUCUGACGACCAUCCAGGCGCUGGCUAUUAUUGGCACAUUUUAUGUGGCAAUUGGCGCUGAUGCCGCAUGCUGGCUGUAUCUUGGAAUGGCGGACCGAUUGUGUCUUGAUAUGGGAUUGAACUUGGAUCCUGCUGUUUUUGAAGAGACCAAUAUGAUGUCGCAUCGAGAAAUUCAGCUGAGGAGGCAAAUUUAUUGGACGCUGUACUGUCAUGAUAAGUGGGCUUCUAGUUAUACGGGGAGAAUUUGCUCCAUGCUGGAUUCGCAAGGAGCCGUCAAACUGCCCGAUGACGACGAAGUAUCCGAUACGGACAACCCGGCCCAAAAAGCAUUCAGACCACUGCAAAGAGCGAUGAUCAGCAUAUGCAAAAUACAGGAAAAGAUUAUUCUUUCACUAUGGGCCCCUAAACCCCUCCUAAAAGACAACCAACGACCAGCCUUCCUAGAGUCCUGUCUCCUAAACCUGAGAACAUGGUUCUAUGACCUCCCCACAGAACUCAGAGUCGACCGUCCAAAUGACAUCCCCCACGCAUACACCCUCCACAUGAUAUACCACACGGCGCGGAUCCUCCUCGCAAAACCAUUCAUCAUGAAAGAAAACCCGCAUUCGAGCAAGAACCAGACAGAUUGCAAAAUGAUUGACCUAGCAACUUCUAUUUGCCGUGAAUCAGCCCGCGCAAUCUGUCUGGUUGCUCAGCGAUACCGGCAAGUAUUUGGCGGUUUUCACCUCAGCCCUAUUUCAGCCACGCAUUGCACGUUAUCAGCGGCUUUGGUUUUGCUUGACGAAACAGAGAAUUUAAGCCUUUCGUCGCACAAUAAUAAAAUAAGUCUUUGUCUGACUGUCCUCAAUGAACUUGCCAAAUCGUGGUAUCCGGCACGAUUCAUUGGGCAUAAUCUUCGGAAACUUUGUCGCUCGGCAAUUCCGAAUCAAAUAACGUCAUCCCCGGGAGGGGAAAGCAAUACUAACCGUGAUGGCAACGAGCUUGGUCUCCCAUUGAAUCAGGAUUUAAGACUUGAACUGCCAAAUAUUGAUUAUGAUGGGAUUGAACCGGAGCAGGAUACGAAUUUCGGGAGCGCACUGGCUAGUCAAUUUGAACUUUCCGUGCCGAUGGAAUCGCUUCCGAUUGAUUAUGGAUUUUUUGAUAUUCUAAACCAAUCUAGUUGGGAUCAGAUGUGGUAG